AUGAAUCUCGGGUACGGCGCCUCUCUUUAUGAAGGGGAAAAGCAAGAUACAUUUGGUUGCAGAUUAUUGGUCGUUCCUGAACGAAUCGGGAAAGUUACUCCAAACUUUAUCAGACAUUAUGAUAAUCUUCCUGUGUAA